AUGUCUGUUUUCCUGGCUUCUGAAGACAUCCACGCUCCUCUUUCUCUCUGCCGAUUGCCAGGUUUACGCAUCCAGGAGUACCUUUACUUCCACGUCCUCAGUCCGGGAGAUAUCCGUUACACCUUCACGGCUACGCCAGCCAAGGACUUUGGCGGAGUCUUCAACAUGAGAUUCGAGCAGAUCUACCUGGUUCCGUCCGAUCCUCCAGAUGCCUGCGGGGCGUUGAACAACGGGGUCUUUAUUGAAGGCCAGAUCGCCUUGGUGGAACACGGGGGCUGCUCAUUUCUGUCCAAGACUCGCACGAUCCAGGAACACGGAGGCCAAGCAGUGAUCAUUGCAGACAAUAGUUACGACAAGGACACAACCUACGUGGAGACGAUGCAGCCCAGGGCCGACAUCCCGGCCCUUUUCCUGCUGGGGAGAGACGGGUACAUGAUCCGUCGCUCUCUGGAGCAGCACGGGCUCCCUUGGGCCGUGAUUUCCAUCCCGGUCAACGCCAGCAGCGUUCCGGCUUCCGAAUUCCUGCAGCCUCCAAGGAUUUUUUGGUAG